AUGGCGCAGAGGUAUGAAGACUUGGCACAUUACAGCAGCAUGAUGGAUGGUGUGGGUGUGUACGGAGAACCACACACACAUCACCACCUGAACCACGCCCCCCCUCCUCCUCCUCACACCAAUCAGCCAUAUGUGACAUCACAUGGGCUCAUGGCGGGCAUCAUGGGCGCUAAUGAUGGACUCAAAAGAGACAAGGAUCAGAUUUACGGUCAUCCUCUGUUCCCGUUACUUGCCCUGGUGUUUGAGAAGUGUGAGUUAGCAACAUGUACGCCGAGGGAACCGGGCGGGGCCGGGGGAGACGUGUGUUCUUCAGACUCCUUUAACGAAGACAUCACCGUGUUCGCCAAACAGAUCCGAGCAGAGAAGCCAAUAUUCUCAUCUAAUCCAGAACUGGACAAUCUGAUGAUUCAAGCAAUCCAGGUGUUAAGAUUUCAUCUAUUGGAAUUGGAGAAGGUCCAUGAGCUGUGUGAUAAUUUCUGCCACCGUUACAUCACCUGUCUGAAAGGGAAAAUGCCAAUUGAUCUGGUUAUUGAUGAUCGGGAUGGAUGCAAGUCUGAUUUUGAUGAUCUAACAUCCACACAUCUAUCAGAUCACAACACAGUGUCAUGGAGAGAUUUGGAUGAUAAUCGCUCGACUCCUUCCAUCGGCACACCGGGACCGUCCAGCGGCGGCCACGUCUCUCACAGCGGAGACAACAGCAGUGAACUGGGGGAUGGUCUUGAGAGCAGUCUGGCUUCUCCUGGGACGGGUGAUGAGGAUGACCCUGAUAAGAAGCGACAGAAGAAGCGAGGGAUUUUUCCCAAAGUGGCAACUAACAUCAUGCGGGCGUGGCUUUUCCAACACCUCACACAUCCUUAUCCUUCAGAAGAGCAGAAGAAGCAGCUCGCUCAGGACACAGGACUCACCAUCUUACAAGUGAAUAACUGGUUCAUUAACGCACGCAGGCGGAUAGUGCAGCCCAUGAUCGACCAGUCCAACCGAGCAGGUACACUGACUCACCCUGCAGUGAGUCAGGGAGCUCCGUUCAGUCCUGAUGCUCAGACGAUGGGGGGCUUCGUGUUGGACGGACAGCAGCACAUGGGCCUUCGACCUCCUGGUGCGAUGGGGGGGAUGGGCGUGAACAUGGCGAUGGACGGACAGUGGCACUACAUGUAA